CGGAACCCCGAUUUCUUCGAGGUCGCCGUCGCCUGUUGAGGAUCUUCGGGGUCCGAUUUUGGGUUCCGGGAAUGCAGAGCUCCCAUGAAAGCUCUGAUGGCAACGGAAGCGAGGCCUCCACCUCGAGCAGGUACCGCCUUGUCUUCCCGCCCGCCCGUUUCAUCGAGUCGCCGCUUUCGGCCACUCUGGAGCGCCUGGGAGCCUCGUUGGCGAGGCCGGGCCGUUCGGAGAGCGAUAGCUCCGUCAGAGGUCAGCUACGAGGCCAUUAUUCCGGCAGGAUCGAUGAGUCCACCACCUCUACGAGCAGCGGCGAUGACCACUCGAUAGGGAUGGUCUGGUCGGACUCUCCGGACGGGCGGAGUGCGGGUUCGCGAAGUUCUGAUGGUGUUUCGAGCCCGAUGGUUGGUUCUUCGUCGGGAAGUGAUGGUGUGGCACGACAGGCGGCUAUGUCAUCUUCCUCUAUGCCGACGUCUGCCUCGUCCUCUGGUAGCAUGAGCACCGAGGGUGAGUUCAAUGACACAGCAGAUAAUUUUAUGAACAUACUAAUCCAGAGAUCCGAGGUACAGGAUUUAGCGAGGUGGAUCGAACGCGUGCUGCCAUUCUCGCUGUUGCUUUUGAUAGUCUUCAUCAGACAACAUUUUCGAGAUCUCUUCGGCCCAAUCUGGAUCGCUGCGGUGAUGGUCAAAUCCAAUGACAUCGUGAGGGCACAAACUGCUUUAGAGGGGGGGCGAAAAGUAUACGUGCUUGCUGGGAUCACGCUGGCCUUCAUAAUUCAUGUAUACGGAGUGUACUGGUGGCACAGGAACGAUGAUCUUCUAUACCCGCUGGUCAUGAUUUCCCCAAAAGGAACUCUGGCCUUUUGGCGUGCCUUGUUCAUCAUCCUGGUCAAUGACACGAUGGUGCGACAAGUUGCCAUGGCUGUGAAGUGUAUGGUCUUGAUGCGUUACACAAGCAGUAGAAGCAACGAUCAUCGUAUGCAGGGGAAGAUAUUGACGGUCGUCGAGUACUUCCUACUGCUGUAUCGGUUUUGGUUGCCAUCUCCCGUUUGGUAUCGGUUCUUCCUGAACAAGGACCAUGAAAUCAGCUUUUCAUACCUCAUCGCUGGGCUCUACCUCAUCUUCAAGCUGGCAUCGGCUUCAGAGAAAGUUCAGCUAUUCUUUGCUGCGUUGAAGGCACUAUCAAGAAGCGAAGGAGACGAUGGGGGGUCGUAUGCGACAACCGAACAGGUAAACGAAGCCGGCGAUCUUUGUGCCAUUUGCCUCGACAGAAUGCGUGCUCCCGUCGUGCUUCACUGCGAACACGUAUUCUGCGAAGACUGCAUCUUUCAAUGGUUUGAGAGAGAACGAACGUGCCCCAUUUGCAGGGCACAGAUUAGACGACCGGCAGCCCUCCGAUCGUACGCGGAUGGCUCCACAAGCUUGCUCUAUCAGCUGUUCUAA